UGGUCUGAUGGAGGGGGCGUGGCCUGGCGGCGGCCGUGGCGUGAGGCGGCGGCAGCGCCAUGUCGAUGGAGGACCCCUUCUUCGUGGUGAAGGGGGAGGUGCAGAAAGCUGUGAACACUGCCCAGGGGCUCUUCCAGAGGUGGACAGAGCUCUUGCAAGAUCCCUCCAUCGCCACAAGAGAAGAAAUCGACUGGACCACUAAUGAGCUCAGGAACAACCUGCGGAGCAUCGAGUGGGACCUGGAAGACUUGGAUGAGACCAUUAGCAUUGUUGAGGCAAACCCGCGGAAAUUCAACCUCGAUGCCACAGAGCUGGGAAUCCGCAAAGCCUUCAUCACCAGCACGCGGCAGGUGGUCAGGGACAUGAAGGAUCAGAUGUCAAACUCUUCCAUGCAAGCGUUGGCUGAAAGAAAAAACAGGCAGGCACUCCUGGGAGACAGUGGGAGUCAGAGUUGGAGCUCUGGACCUGACAAAUACAGCCGUCUGGACCGAGAGCUGCAGUUAGCAAAUUCACAUUUCAUCGAGGAGCAGCAAGCUCAACAACAGUUGAUUGUGGAGCAGCAGGAUGAGCAGUUGGAGCUGGUCUCUGGCAGCAUCGGGGUGCUGAAGAACAUGUCCCAGCGCAUUGGCGGGGAGCUGGAAGAGCAAGCAGUGAUGCUGGAUGACUUCUCCCACGAGUUAGACAGCACUCAGUCGCGCCUUGAUAACGUCAUGAAGAAGCUCGCCAAAGUGUCUCACAUGACGAGUGAUCGACGGCAGUGGUGUGCAAUUGUUGUCCUCUUCGUCAUCUUGCUAGUGGUGCUCAUCCUGUUUUUUGUCCUGUGAUGACAAAAACUGAACUUCCUGGGACGCCCCCUCCCCACCCCCUCGCUCCGGCAGCACGGGGAAAUGAAACUCUCCCCGUUUCCGUCCGCCCACAGGAUCCCCGGCAGGAACACCUGCACCCAGCUCUCACCAUCCUCCUCCAAGGACUGCGGCUCGGCUGCACCGCCAUCUCCCCUGGCCCCGAGGAGAGGGGGUGGAGGACUCAGCUGCCUCCUCCCCUGCUGCGGUGCAGUCUGGACCUGGGCUCCGGGUCUGGGUCUGUGCAGCUGGAGGGGGACCUGACCCCCGCCCUUCCACCCGGUGCAGGUAGGAGCUGGUGGGAGGUGGACACAGAGCAGCGAGCCUUGGGGAGGAUGGGACAGGGGGAGGAAUUACAGAAUUCACUGAGCAUUACAAACUGCAUUGCCAGUGCCAGCCUCAAGCAUUUCUGGGAAGGGUGGAACCCCCCCAAGCCACAGCAAGGGAGGGGACCCCUGGCCCUGCUCCCCCUGCCCCUCCCUGCCUCGUGUGGGCAGGCUCUGUAGCACCAAUUCACUGCCAGGAGAGCACGGUGAGUCCUGCCAGAGCUUUCCUACCCUCUGCACUGGGCACAGCUGUAGGGUCUCGUGUCCUGCCAUCGGCCGCCCAGGCCCCAUCAGAUACCCCAGAGGUUAAACCUGGGGUGCUGCACACUGAGCACUGGCAAUCAGCCCUGAGCCAGAGAGGGAGAGUCUUGAAGCUUUUAAACUUGCCUCCCUCAUUAUACAGGCCUCCAAAGCUCAUUGACUGAUGCUUUCUUUGCCCUUGUAUAACUGAGUCACUGCUUCUGUUUAACAGCUGCUUCCCUUUGGCAAGUGAUUUGUCAGGUCUAAAAUAACUUAUUUUUUUUAAGGAAAAAAAAAAACCUUUUAAGAUGUUUUUGAUGACCAUUGGAGCCAUGUUCUCUCUGCGAGUGCACGACACACACAAUCAGAGGAACAGUGCUCAGUGAUGUAUUUUAAGUGUAUAUGAACUUGUAAAUAGGAUGUCUUAAUUUUCCCCAACCGCUAUUUUUUGGACACCUCCAUUGUAAACAAACAAAAGGAAGGAGAUUCAAAGCUAGAUCAUGUUUCCAUAUUCCUUCCCAGUCCUUUUGUUACCUCCCAGUUGUUUGUCACUCGAGUUGUCUCAGCAGUGUCGGAUUCCCUACAGGGAAUGUGGAGUAGCCAGGUGGGCAGAAAUGUGAAAAAAGCUCACCUGGCAGUGUCACUGCGGAGGAACAGGCAGAGGGGCCGUGCUGCAAGCACCAGUUGUGGGAUAGGGGGUGACUCUUGAGGAAAGUCUGUCAGGCAAAAACGGUUUCUUACUCCAGUCUGCUCCCAUAUUUUAAGUUGCAAACACGAAAAGACUCAGCCAGGCUGGCUUAUGGCUCCCAGAUGGGGCUGGGGGAGGAAGUUAAUUGGCACUGACGCAAAGACUUCUGCUGAAAUUGCAAAUCACCCCCAAAACCAUCCCCCCCGCCUUAGAAUCUUGCCACCGGAUGGCUUUACCUCCGGGACUGAACACUCCUCCUCCCCCGGCUUCGUGGCUCCCUCCGGGGUCUGCGUGGCCCCCCUGUCCCUGCCGCAGGCGCUGGAUGCACAGCCGCGGCUCCGUGCCUUCCGCAGCCGGGCGGGGCCGGACGGAGCGUCCCCGCCCUCCCGGGUGCUCCUCAGUAACGCACACGUGGUGCCUCGGCGCCCACCCGCACUCAUGAUUCGAGUGGCUCCUUAUCCUUGCAGAGCAUCCCUGCAGGGAAUAGGUGGUGUCUGCUUUCCAAGGCCGGCUGUAGCAGUGUCUGCACCGCUCCGUAGGUCUGUACCUCUCCAAGAGCAGGUUCCCAGGAGCGCGGGUCUGGGCAGGGAGCAGGGCUCGCUGCUGGCUGCUGUUCGCGUACCUCUGAUCCCCGCGUUACUUCCAGCGUGGUUGUGUAUCCGUCGGGAAUGACUCCCAUGCAGGACUGCUCCUUUGGUAGUCCGGGGGGUGGCCCAGCUGCUGACAUCACCACAAGCCACCCGAGUGUCUCUAGUCCCUUUCCCCGUGUACAUUUGCUUUUCUGUCGCUGGUGGUGCCCCUCCCUUUAACACUAAAUAAAGGUGCAGCAGCGUAGA